GACAUUACCCAUAGAAUUCAUUAGCUACGUAGUUCAGUAUCCUAUUUUAUUGACAACAGAAGCGCUCCAAAAUAAGUAAAGUCGCAGCGAAUCCAGCUGAAUCGCGGUCAUGGACGCGUUCUCGGACUUUUCUCUCUCGUUGUUUAAAUAUUAAUGUAAAUAACAAAAGCAGCUAUGGUACGUGUGUGCGAGGUUUUCGGUUGCACUGUUCGAGAUGGUCAAGGAUUACGAUUAUUUUGUUUUCCUAAAAAUCAAGAGCAACGUUUAAUUUGGCUAUCCUGGAUCAAAAUUAAUCGACCUGGCUGGACACCCAAAACGAACAGUCGUAUAUGCGAAUUGCAUUUUGCCGCAAAUUGCUACGAGACACGAGAGGAUGGCAGCAAGAUAUUGAAAAGAACAGCUAUACCCAGUUUGCAAGAAAAGUUUGUAAAAAAUAUUGAAAAUACAGGACAUUCAAGGUCAUUACCAAGAAGAUUUAAAACUGCUCAAAGUAGGGUAAAGAGAGUUUCCUCAUCAAAGGCAAAAAACUUUUCAGAAGCAAAGAAGCCAUUUGUUUUACGUGAUCACUCGUAUUGCUCGACAUCUGUUUCAUCACAAAUGUUACAGUCUCAAGUGUCUCCAAUUACAAAUUCUGUGGUAGAUAGGAAAGUUACUAAAAAAUUAAAGUUUUCAGAUUUGGGUUCACAGUCCAGAUCGAUUAAGAAAAUUUCUUCUAGUCAUUCUAACUCUGUAAAUGUGUCUACGUCAACAGAAGCUACUCGAUUACUAUUAUUAAAUCCAGUUAAUAGUUCUUCGUCUUUUAAUGUUUCUAUGUUAAAUGUUGAAGAAAGUGAGAUACCGUCUAGACUAACAGAAGAUGUCAGCACUCAGACAACCAUUGAUAUAUGUAAUAAUGUUUCUCUUCCUAGUGAUAAGUCUGUAGCAGUUAUUACAGCAUUAAAGAAAGAAAUAGCUGAGCUACAGAGGAUAAAUAAAAUUAUGGAAGAAGAGUGCAAUAAGGUCAAAAAAAGUACAGAGAAAGUUUAUAAAUUGUAUUUUGCUACUAAACGUAAGUAUUUGGCUCACAAAAGAAAAAUGGAAUAUCAGAAAAAGAAAGAAAAAUAAGAUGUGCGCUAUUUUCUUUGUAAGAAACCUGGUAAAAAUUUUUUAAUGUAAAGAUAUGUAAGGUAACUGUUUUGAUUACUGCUAAUGUCCCAAUUACACUUGUCAAUUAUAGUAUUAGAAUAAUAAAAUAAUAGAAUAGUAAAAUAAAUUGAAUAAUGAGAAAUAUGAGAGCAUUAUGUAUUAAAAAUGUUUUAAUGUUGAACUAAAACUAUUAUAUAAACAUAAGUAUGUGAUUGUAAGUAAAAGGGAAGCAAAAUUUAAUAUGUGGCAAUAAUUAACAUGGCAGUAUUUAGGACAUUGAUCAGCGGGACUGAUAGUAAUAGGUUCAUACUUUAUAUUUUUAUUUCUUUUAUUAUAUUUAUUAAAUAAUAGUUUUUGAGCUUGUGGUUUCAUUUUGUGUAUAUGAAAGUUCUUAAAUGAAUAAUGGUGAAUACAUAUAUUUAAAUAUAUAUUUUAGAAAGCUAUUAAAUAAGCAUAUCAACUAUUACUGUGUGCUUAAAGUGUAAUUGAGACAGUUAUUCUAGGACAUAUUUUACAUAUAAUGUAUAUUAUCUGAAAAAAUUUAUAUCAGGAAGCUGCAUUUACGACAAAUGCAAGCUUUAAGUACAAAAUAAAGAAUUGAAAUAGAGUUUAGAUGUUAUAAAAAGAGAUGUUAAAUUAGAAAUAUAUGAAAUAUAUGUCAAUUUUACUUAUUAUUUUAAUUUCAAGGAUUUUUUUUUAAUACAAUUUAUAUAUUCUUCUAAAACGCAAUUAUUUUUUGUUUCAACUGACGUUAGAAAUAAAAAUUUAUUAAGAUUAAUAGUAAGAAAUAAAUGUUGAGUUGUUAAUAUUGUGCAUUGUUAGUAAUAAAUAUCUAAAUUUAAAAAAUCUCAGGUCUCUCUAUUCUCUCAUACUCUGGCACAACAUAUUUCUAUCUUUGUUUUCUUAAAUUUAUAAACAAUCGCUUCGUAGAACCCAUCUUAUUCUCUAGUUGUUCAAAAUUAGCAUGAAGCAGAAAGCAUUACCUUUAUUACUUUGGUCUUAUGUUCAUUGAUUUAUUUGUAACAAAAAAUUCAUGGAUUAGAUUGAUCUAUCGAAAUUUUUGAAUGUAUUCUUUAUGGGAAAAAAAGGAUAGAAAGAGAAAAACACAAAUGCAGAAGGUGAUAAAAAUCGCGCGAUUUUUGGUACAAAGAUGCGACCUUCGAUACGCACGUGACAUCGAUCAGCUGACAGGCCUGCAUCGGUGCAUCUUUGUUCAUCAUUUAAAGAUGGCGUCUAACAGAGUGGCGUCUGCCACGAUCCGAGCUGUGAAAGGAAGGAAAAUUAUUCCGACUCGCGCUGCACUCACUCUGACACCCAACGCUGUCAAGAAGAUUAAGGAUAUUUUGAAAGAUAAGAGCGAAUAUAUUGGUCUUAAAGUUGGAGUACGGCAACGUGGAUGCAAUGGUUUGAGUUAUACCCUGGACUAUGCAAAAGAGAAAUCCAAGCUGGACGAGGAGGUGGUUCAGGAUGGUGUUCGCAUAUUUAUUGAUCGGAAGGCGCAGCUGUCUCUGCUUGGAACAGAGAUGGAUUACACUGAAAACAAAUUAAGCUCCGAAUUUAUAUUUAAUAAUCCAAAUAUUAAAGGGACAUGUGGAUGUGGAGAAAGUUUUUCAGUGUAGCUAAAAUUUAACGUGACAUAUUACACCAUAGUAUAUGUGUGAUAUGUGAUUACAUGUAAUCUCUAGAUAGAUAAAUUUAGAAUCUUUAAAAUGCCUUGUGAUAUAUGACAGCGUACUUCUGUCUUUUCUGAUCAAUCAAAGGACUGAGUUUACUAUAUGGAUAAAUGUAACAAUGGUCAUGAUUUAACUUAUUUUUCUGCGAGCUUUAUACAUACCUUAUCAUCUACUGUUACAUGUAUGUCUUAUUACAUACAUUACUUAUUACAUACAUAGACUUUGUUUAUUAAGUGUUUGCUAUAUGGUAAUUAAAGUUUUAUUUAACCUCUG